GGUGCGAGCACCCGAAUGACGAGCGGUCUGUCGGCAGCGUCCCCUUCGAGAGCUUGCGCUCCGUGAGGCGCGAGGAGAUGCUCGUGGGUGGCAACUGCCUCGUGGUGGAGCUGGCGCGGCCUCUGCCCGGCCCGCCGCAGCAGGAAGCCCUCACGCUGCGGGCGCGGUCCGCGCAGAGCUGCGAGGAGUGGAUCACCUCGCUCAGCAUGCUGCGUGCGGCGGGCGACCUGACCUCCGAACCCAGCGCGGGCCCAGUGCGGAAGACGCACUCCAGGGACAGCAUGACAUCGGGGCGGAGCCUGGUGUCCGAGGAGGGGCCGGGCGUCCGGAAGACGCAGUCGUGGAGGAGCCGCGCGUAGCGGCUGGCGCUCGCCCGCGCCGGCCUUCGGCGGGCGCGGGCACCCUCGUGUCCCUGGGCGCUCCGCGUCUCGGUCGGGGGUGCGCAGAGAAAAACACGCAAAUUAGACCAGGGGUCCCAAAUGCCAGGGGCCCCGCCCUUCCUCCCCGUUGGCAGCGCCGCGCCGGCCCGCGCACCGCGAGGCCGCGGCAGUUCGGCGCG